AUGGCUUCCACCAUCAAAGAAUCAGAUUUUGAAUAUUUUGAACACAUUCAACAAUACCUUCUUUUUGAUGAUUCCAGCAGUCUUACAUCUCAUGAAACUUUCCCAAACCCUAAAAGUGACAUUGAUUUAGACACUGCUGUAGAGGUACGUGAAAUCACGCCUCCGAUAUGGAAGCCAUACAGAGGCGUGAGGCGUAGGCCAUGGGGAAAGUUUGCAGCGGAGAUAAGGGAUCCAAAAAAGAAUGGCGCUAGAGUUUGGCUUGGAACUUAUCAGACUGAAGAGGAAGCAGCUUUAGUUUAUGACAAAGCUGCUUUCAAAAUGCGUAGCCGGAAAGCCAAGUUAAAUUUUCCUCACCUCAUUGGUAACGAUGUCUCCACAUCGGAACCAAAGAGGGAGGUUGUUUUGAAACGGGACUCGCCUGAACUUUCUUCAUCUGAGGAAAGUUUUGGAUCGUCGCCACUUGGAUCGAACAGGAGGAAGGGUAUGGCUGACCUACUUAACAAAUUAGCUAAGAAUAGAAGUCAAGCCAUGGUGGUUGAGAAUGAAAAGUCCUCAGAAGCAGAUGAUUUUGAGCAAUGGGUGAAUGAGUUGAAUGAUUGCACUACAAUAUGGAGCUCAUAG